AACCAUGACUUCAAUGAGAGGGCUAUAGAAGAGUUGGGGUUGUCAAGAGAGGAUAGGAAGUUCAUGGAGAUUGCGGAAAAGUCAGCGAUUCUCCAAGACAACCACUACCAGUUAAAGUUGCCUUUCAAACGAGGUGUGUGUCUGCCCAAUAACUACACUGUGGCAAAGCAAAGAAUAACAGGCUUAAAAAGGAAGUUCCUGAGAGACAAGCAACUCUUUGAGGAAUACAGUGCCAACAUUUCUGAGAUGGUGAGCAGAGGCUAUGCAGAGGAAGUACCUGCCAAGCAACUGAGUGGCAGCAGCGGCAAGGUCUGGUACAUUCCUCAUCACGGUGUUCGCCAUCCCAGGAAAAAGACUCUGCGAGUCGUGUUCGACUGUGCUGCAACGUUCCAGGGAACCUCACUGAAUCAGCAGCUCUUGCAAGGCCCCAACCUCAAUAGUACAUUGCUUGGAGUUCUUCUGAGGUUUAGACAGCAUCCCGUGGCUAUCAUGGGAGAUGUGCAGGCAAUGUACCACCAAGUCAGAGUCCCAUUGGAGGACAGAGAUUGCCUGCGCUUCCUGUGGUGGGCUGGCGGUGAUCUCACCAAAGACGUGGCAGUGUUCCGCAUGACUGUGCAUCUGUUCGGUGCUGUCUCCUCUCCGAGCUGUGCCAUCUUUGCUCUGAGGAAAACGGCUGAUGACAGUCAAGCUGACUUCCCAGAAGAGGUGGUGUCAACAGUGAAGGAGAACUUUUAUGUUGACGACUGCCUUAAGAGUGUGGAGUCUGAGGAAGAGGCUCUGUCAAUGGUGAAACAUCUGACCACACUCUGUAAGAAAGGAGGGUUUACUCUGACAAAAUGGACCAGCAACAGCCGCACUGUCCUGCAAGCGCUCUCUGAGGACCAGCGAGCAAAGGACCUGAAGGAACUCGACAUGGACCGCGAUGAACUUCCUGUCGAGAGAGCUCUUGGCCUAAGGUGGUGCGUCGAAGAGGACACUUUUACAUUCAAGCUGGACCUACCUCAAAGGUCUUACACAAGAAGAGGAAUGCUCUCUGUCGCCAGCUCAGUCUACGAUCCCCUGGGCUUCCUUGCACCAGUCAUGUUGCCUGCGAAACAAAUGCUGCAAGAGCUAUGCCGGAGAACUGUGGGAUGGGAUGACGCCAUACCUCAAGAUCUUCUUCAUCAGUGGACAAGGUGGCUAGAGGAGUUGGAUAUGCUGUCUGAGUUCCAUGUCAGAAGAUGCGUCAAGCCCAAAGGAUUUGGGGAUGUUGUCCAAGCUCAGCUUCAUCACUUCUCAGAUGCAAGUGAGUCAGGGUACGGUGCAGUCUCUUACCUCAGAAUGCAGAACACCCAAAAUGACGUUCAUGUUGCCUUUCUGAUGGGUAAAGCCAGAGUAACCCCAUUAAAGACUGUCACCAUUCCUCGCUUAGAAUUGACGGCUGCAGUCCUUGCGGUUCGAGUUGACCUGAUGCUGAAAGCUGAGCUUCGGAUCCCAUUACAAGAAUCUGUCUUUUGGACAGACAGCACGUCAGUGCUCAAGUACAUCAGAAACGAGGACAGGCGUUUCCACACCUUUGUGGCAAACAGGGUCACGACCAUAAGAGAGUCAACCACACCUUCCCAAUGGCGUUACAUUUGCACGAAAGACAACCCAGCUGACGAGGCGUCCAGAGGGCUGAGGGUCCGACCGUUCAUUGAUCACAACAGGUGGAUACAGGGUCCAAGGCUGCUGCGUCUUCCAGAACAGGAUUGGCCAUGUGACGUGGUGGACAUUGCGAUCAAGCCGGACGACCCAGAGGUCAAAAAGGAUGCUGUGGUGAAUGCAGUUACCGUGAAUGCAUCCUCUGACAGCACCAGCUAUCUUAUCAGCUACUUCUCAGACUGGAGGAAACUGAAAGUAACAGUAGCCUGGCUUCUGAGGCUGAGGAAGCUACUUCUGUACAAGGCUCGCAGAAGGAAGGAGCCAGCUGCUGCCAGCAGCACACAGGAUUCUACUGAACCCAAAGGAAGGUUGACUAUCCAGAAUUUGUCGGAGGCUGAGACCGCUAUAAUUCGCUUCUGUCAGCGACAAAGACGAGGUCAGGUUGUCCGUAUCCAAUCUGAUAAUGGCACCAACUUCAUAGGGGCAGAGAGAGAGCUCCGAGAGGCGCUGUCAUCCCUCAACCAGACACAAAUUGAAGGAGCACUGCGACAACAAGGGGUUAAAUGGAGCUUCAAUCCGCCAGCAGCGUCGCACUUCGGUGGUGUCUGGGAGCGUGUGAUACGCAUGCUCAGCGAGGGGUGGGCAUGCCUCACCAUGCCAACGGGCCGUGACCUGUCACCAAGGAAACCUGAUCUCACCAAGCACUCGCCUGGACUGGUGCUGGAGCAGGUGCCGGUGGAGAGGGAUGUGUGGGUGUAG